AUGGCGGAGUUCCCGUCCAAAGUGAGCACACGGACCAGCAGCCCCGCUCAGGGCGCCAGCGCCUCGUCCUGGACGCUGCGCCCGGACCUGGGCUUCGUGCGCUCUAGCCUGGGCGUGCUCAUGCUGCUGCAGCUGGUGCUGGGGCUGCUGGUGUGGGCCCUCAUUGCCGACACCCCGUACCACCUGUACCCGGCCUAUGGCUGGGUCAUGUUCGUUGCCGUCUUCCUCUGGCUGGUGACAAUCGUCUUCUUCAUCCUCUACCUGCUUCAGCUGCACCUGAAGUGGUACACCGUGCCCUGGCCGCUGGUGCUGAUGAUCUUCAAUGCCAGUGCCACCGUGCUCUACAUCACCGCUUUCAUCACCUGUUCCGCCUCGGUGAACCUAACCUCCCUGAAGGGCAGCCGGCAGUACAACCAGCAUGCGGCUGCCUCCUUCUUUGCCUGUUUAGUGAUGAUUGCCUACGGGGUGAGCACUUUCUUCAGCUUCCAGGCCUGGCGUGGAGUGGGCAGCAAUGCAGCCACCAGUCAGAUGGCUGGGGGCUACGCCUAA